AAAUUGCAGAGGCUCCGCCCGUGAAGCAGCAAGCUGUACAGUUAGCAGCCAGUAUCCACCCCCGCCCCCGCCGGUAGCCAUGGCCGGAGACGUGACCGGGACGAUCGCCGCCUCCGCCGCGGCGUCGGCGCCGCCGCCGGCGAGGGCGGAGGCGCAUUACGCGAGCGCGAAGACGUCGGUGUGGUGGGACAUAGAGAACUGCCAAGUCCCCAAGGGGUGCGACCCCCACGCGAUCGCGCAGAACAUAAGUUCAGCUCUGGUGAAGAUGAACUACUGCGGCCCCGUCUCGAUCUCCGCCUACGGCGACACCAACCGGCUCCCGAGCUCGAUCCAGAACGCCCUCUCCAGCACCGGCAUCGCGCUGAAUCACGUCCCCGCGGGUGUGAAGGAUGCCAGUGACAAGAAGAUUCUAGUUGAUAUGCUGUUUUGGGCUGUGGAUAAUCCCGCUCCAGCAAAUUAUCUGCUGAUUUCCGGCGAUAGGGACUUUUCUAACGCCCUCCAUCAGUUGCGUAUGAGAAGAUAUAAUAUACUCUUGGCACAACCACAAAAAGCAUCCGCUCCACUGGUAGCUGCUGCGAAGAGCGUAUGGUUGUGGACAAAUCUUGCUGGUGGAGAAUCCCCUCUGGCAAGUGGCGAAUCAUUGCAGCUUGUUAAUGGUAACUAUCCAUGCAUCACUGGGAUGCUACAGAACCCAACUUACGAACCAACCCAGACGAGUCAACUCUUGACUUCUGAUAGUAUGUCCCUGUCUUCAGUAAGGUACCAAACUUCUACUACUGGGAGGUUUGGCGAUAGCACACAUAGUGCUAAUGGAAAACAGGUUUGGAGAUCUCCUACGCCGUCAAGCAUGACCAGAGCGGCUAGUUUUCCUGGUAAUGGUGAUACAAAAAAUACUAAUCAUAACAAGUGGGAAUUUACACAAGAAAAGCAGUUUAAGAAAGCACCCCAUGAAUUUUUUAGUGCUGGUGAGUCUAUUGUCUCUGCCAGUAGGUCUGAGCCAAACAGUUCUCCUAGCAAACAUGAUUCCUAUGGGACUAUCGGCUUUCCACAAAAUCUCUAUCCUCGCCCAGUUACUCCAAACAACCCUCCAGUGCAACCUAAUUUUGGCCAUGGUGACCCAAGGUGUUCUUAUCCUAAUCGCGACUUUCGUCCGGUUCCUCCAAGGCCUGACACUUUUCUACCUGCUUCUGUUCCAGUCACAAGUAUACCCAAUAUUGGCAAUCUAAGGCUAUCUGAAUCCCCAAGCUAUGCACAAUACCGCAAUCAAAUGGACAGAUAUGAGAACAAUUCUAGCUUUGAUGAAUCUACUAAAUCAGUUAGCUAUAAUACAUUGAACAGAAGCCAUGUGUCCAUGGGUCAACAAUUUCAACCUGACAGCAGAUACACCAGUGCUCCUGAAUUUUCAUCUUCAUCUCCUCAAAUUGUUAAUGUUGAUUCUGGCAAUGGUGUCUGGGGAAGUCAGGGAUACACACCGCCUUCCCAGUAUGUGCAAGGCCUUAUUGGUGUCAUAAUACUGGCAUUGAACACUUUGAAAGAAGAAAAAAUUAUUCCUACUGAAGCAAACAUCACGGAUUGCAUACGUUAUGGGGAUUCUAAGUUCCGGAAUAUCGAUGUGAAAAAGGCCUUGGCUAGUGCGCUUGAGCAACGUAUGGUUGUAAAGCAAAAUAUAGGGACACUGCAGUUAUACGUGGGUAGAAAUGAGAAAUUAUGGAACUGUGUCAACAUUAUUGGUGGAAAUCCUAGUGAAUACCUGAAAGAAAUAUGGGAUCGCAUAGAAAGUUUCCUGUCAUCUGCAGCUGGAAGAUCAGCCUUGUUUGCUUCUAGAUGCAGGUACGAGGCAGCUUUAAUUAUCAAGAGAGCUUGCUUAAAAGAUCUUCCUUUGGGCAACGUAAUCCAGCUAUUGAACAUGAUAAUUACAAUCAAGAAAUGGAUUAUUCACCCCCAAAUAGGAUGGCAACCGAUUACUAUUACUCUUGCAGAGACUAAAAGUGACGUGGAUACUACAGUCGAAGCUUGAUUUUGGCGAAGAAAAUCAUUUAUGCAUCAAUAAUUAGACUUUCGGAUGCUAAAGAAGCUAUAUUAUAGAAACUAGUUAUGUACUCUACCUAUAAUUUGCAUCGCAAACAAACUUUCUUGUUGGUUUUUGCAUGGUUGAAAACCAUAAUGUGGUCAAGGCCAAGAACAACUUUGAGGAAAUUACUUGAGAUUGCAGACCAAUUGUCUAUGCUGGAUGAUUUGAAGCUUCAUUUCCAACAACCAGAUAGUGCGGAAGAUCUUACUCUUUUGACAAGUACAUGGACUUAUAGAAAAUGCUUCAACACGGUUAGUUACAAAUGGAGUCUCCACAGAAGAAUUUGCAGCGCAUCUGUUAUGUGUGCCAGAGGUGUCAACGACUUUUCUCAGCAGCUCACAAUAUAUGUUCAGUCAAAUGUAGUUCGCAUUUACGUUCCAUCAGCACAUUCUGAUCUUUGUGGGUGGAUGAUUGAUGAAGGCAUUGCUAUUGAUGCAAGGCAUGAUUGCGGUACUAGUUGGGGAAGAAGCUUUUUACUGGCUGUAUUUUUGUAUUGAACUAGUAAUGCCGAUGGAUAGGUUUAAGUUACUAUUUGGCCGUGUGUCUGUUUCUCUAGACCAUUAUGGAAAUAAUGCCUACAAUCUGGGACUGUUCCUGUA